CGGUUUAUUAAUAAAUGUGAAUGAAGAGUCUCUAAAAGCGCUUUUCCUUUCUGAAACUAUGCAGUCCCCACCUUACUGCAGAUCCGGUUGAGGUAUUAGUAGCUUUCCCUUUAACAGAAAGAUCACAAAUAUUCAUCACUGAACAUUCAAAUAAUGAUGUAAUGAUCACUUCUGGCAGUUGAAAGCAAUGGAGUUUUUUUUUUUUUUUUUUUUUUACAAAGGUAGUGGAAACAGGUGGACUUGACUAUUUAGAAUUGUAUAAACAAGACACAUGACUGCAAUUUUUCUCAGUGUUUUCCCAGCUCAGCCAGUUGUAAUUUCUUAGGACAUAGCAGUGGUGACGGCUAUUUGGCCUUCUGUCCAGACUCUUAAGGGUUUAUUUGCAUGCAGACUCAAGGCAUCUCAGUGUGGUUUCGCUUGCUUGCACCCAGCUUGUCAAGCCAAAUGUCAGAUGAGGUAGUUCCUUUUUGUUCAGGCAAUUCAGCUGAGCCAAAACAGUUGGUACUUCCUCUUUGUACAGGCAUUUCCUGUAAAGUAUACCUCGUAAAAAGACUAGACACCCGUAAGAAGUGCUGCAUAGGGCAUCAGCCAUGGCAUUGGUACUGUUGUGGACCCUGUUGUGGAUAUCAGGAUACUGUCACAGACUGUCAGCUGAAGCCCUGCACUUUCUAUCUUGGCGUGCCGCCAUUUUCCCUUGAGUCAAUAACAUGGAAGACGAGGAUAAAGAUCCCACUAAUCCCAUAAGACGUUGGAGUGUUGCUGCAGUACAAAUACUUCACUUCUGGGGAGAGACAGGGGGUCUCUCUAAAAGUCCCUGCUGAGACCAAUGGGACAAAAUUCAUCUGGGAGUAUUUGUAAAUGUAAUCGAUGUGGCCUCAGCUGAUAAAUACGAGAAUGCUUCGAUUUCCAUGGAGGUAGAUAAAGAGAGAUUCUCAUCUGUGGGCUUCGAUGGAUCUUAUUUCCCUCUGAGAAUCUCACCAGUGAAGUUUGGAGACAGUGGAAGGUACUUCUGUUUUUGUGAAUCCUACCCAAUGGCCUCAGUAACUCUGGUAACUGUUCAGGUCUCAGCAGCACCCCCUGGUGGUUUGUCCAGGAAUCAGUCAGUUGUGCUGAACUGUGAGAUAUCACAGGUGAUCGGCUCUGUGACCCUGGCCUGGCUCCGGAUGAAGGGGGGCAGGGGCGAGCUCAUAAAACAGGAGGUCCUGAGUGAGGGGCACCCAAAAAAGAUGCUCAGUCUCACCCUGCCCAUUCUGAGCAGAGACCAGCUGCACUGGGCCUGUGUGGUGUUCACAGAGAGCAUGCUCAGAGCACAGGUCCCCCUGCACCUCACACUGCCGACACCCAUCUCUGAACCUGAAGAGCCAAAGCCAGGAUGGAGCACUGAGACAGUGGUCAGGGUGGUGAUUGUAGUGCUGGCCACCCUGGGGAUGCUAAAGGUUCUUAUGUGGUACUGCAGGAGACACCCAGCAUGUAAGCACACUAGCACUGGGACACAAUAGCCAAGUGCUCAACAUUUUGCAGUUUUGAAUGAAGACAGGGGCCCCUGAUACUAAAACCAUCUGUUAAAAGUAUCUAUCUAAAUGGAUAUACAUCGGCUGCUUGGAACGUGCUAAGCAGAGUAAUUAUGUACCCGCAUCACUUGUCAGAUAUGCCACACUGUACACCUUAAGGCUUUAAGCCAAAGUAAGACAAGAGUAGUUGUGGCAUAUAAAUGUGUAGUUCUUAAUUUGAUCAGGUUGCUCUCAAUGAGCCAGACAGGAACUCACACACCAAGAUCAAAAUAAGCACCUUCAAAAAGUCAGAGAUCGGAAAGAUAAACUUUGUCUCAUGUCCAGUUUGAUGUUUGUUGUUAUACCUAGUAUUUAUGAGUAAUUUUUAAAAUAACCUGUGUCUGUCUUCCUUCUGAAAGUUUCUCUGACUCCUCUGUUAUUCAUCAAAGUCUCCAAUUUAAUAUACAUAUAUAUAUAUAUAUAUUUUCAAUUUUAUUUGUAUUGCGCUUUUUACAAAGGGCAUUGUCACAGAGCACCUUUACAGAGAUAUGGGCCUGAACCCUAACAUCUGUAUAUUACUACAGGUACAUCUGCUGCUCCUGAAAAAAAUGCAGAAAAAAACAGUUUUAUUUUAGAUUGCUGCCAAUUCAUGUAGUUUUUGUAUCCUUUCUAUAAUUGUUUUUAAUGUUUGGUAUCUGUAUAAUUCCUGGUUGUUUUAACUCUUUAUUCUUGAUGCUUUUGUUAGUUUAUUUUCUCUUGGUUGGAAAUAGCUCUGCAGACCCUUUAUAAAAAGCACUAUCAAAAUAAAGCAUCUUACUCAUUUU